CUGAACAGUUUGUGUUCCGUACCGUCGCACCCGGACUUAUCGGAUCCGUACCGGAGUUGUCGAGUGGCCGCGACGCCUUAUCUUUCCUCGGGGAAAUUCUAGCGCUUCUCGGAGCAUACGGUUUUGUCGUCGCUCGGUAUAAUACAGUGAGUGUCCACGAUUCCCAAUUACUUCAUAGUGUCCCCGGAGUACGCCGUCAAUGUCGGCAGCCUCAGUGAAUGUUACUUCGCGGGCAAGGGCACAGCCUUGGUACUGCCGGACGCGGAGGCGCACUCGAAGACCUCGCCGGGUUCGGGGGGCCAGCGGACCGGCGGCGAAGGCGGCGGCUCGACCGGCGCCCAGGGCAACAGUAACAUCCAGAAGCACCUGCAGUCCAUGUUCUACCUGCUGCGGCCCGAAGAAACGCUCAAAAUGGCCGUGAAACUGGAAAGCGUGCACCCCACAAGGACGAGGUACCUGGUCGUCGUCUCGAGGAUGGGAAGCAGGGGGGAGGAGUCCUGCCUGUUGGGCAUCGACUGCAAUGAAAAAACUACCGUUGGUCUAGUCCUUAAAGUAUUAGCGAAUACUCAGAUUACACUCGAUGGAGAUGGAGGUUUCAGCGUCAGCGUAUGUGAGCGUCAUCACAUUUUCAAACCAGUAUCGGUCCAGGCUAUGUGGUCAGCGCUGCAAAAUCUGCACAAGGUGAGCGCCAAGGCCCGCGAGCAGAACUACUUCCAGGGCGGGAUGACCCACGGUUGGGUCGACUACUACGAGGACAGGAUCGAGUCGGAACGGUCCUGUCUGAACGAAUGGCACGCCAUGGACAACCUCGAGUCCAGAAGACCGCCCUCUCCGGAUUCCAUUCGCACGAAGCCCACUGAGAGGGAGGAGACGGAAAAGGUCAUCAGGAGCACCCUCAAGGAGAUCAUGAUGUCGGUGGACUUGGACGAGGUCACUAGUAAAUUUAUAAGGGGUAGGCUCGAAGACGAGCUCGACAUGGACCUUGGGGAGUACAAGUCUUUCAUUGACCAGGAGAUGUUGGUUAUCCUCGGCCAGAUGGACGCUCCGACGGAAAUUUUCGAACACGUCUAUCUGGGUUCGGAGUGGAACGCUUCCAAUUACGAGGAAUUGCAGAAAAAUAGGAUUGGUUACAUCUUAAAUGUCUCCAAAGAAAUCGAUAAUUUCUUCCCUGGCGCAUUUGACUAUUUGAAUGUGAGGGUGUACGACGAUGAAACAACCGACCUAUUGAAACACUGGGACAACACAUACAAAUACAUCACAAAAGCCAAAGAUACGGGCUCCAAGGUGCUGGUACACUGUAAGAUGGGGGUCAGCAGAUCGGCGUCGGUGGUGAUCGCUUACGCCAUGAAGGCGUACAGUUGGGAUUUCGACACGGCCCUGAACCACGUCAAGGACAAGAGAUCCUGUAUAAAACCGAACAUGAGUUUUUUGUCGCAGCUGGAAACUUACCAGGGGAUAUUGGACGCGAUGAAGAACAAGGAAAAAUUGCAGAGAUCAAAGUCUGAAACUAACCUUAAAUCGCCUGGCUCGAAGAGCGAAAAGGUCCUAGCGGGCAGCGAACCCACCCCCGUGAUUCAAGCUCUGACGAAAUCGUACGAUCUGGAAGCCACGAUGUCGGGCCAGGAUCUGCGGCAUUUGGGUGCGCGGCCCAAAUCUUGGUCGCCGGAUAACAUCACGGCGAGGGAGCUGGUUAUCGGAGUUAAAUCUUCUCCGGUUUCGGUGUCGUUGGAGGACGUGAGCCAGAAAUCCUCUUCGAAGGAAUCCGUGAGGAGCCUGCAGUAUCAUGUGGAAAUGAAAAGCACGCUCGCCAGACACGUGCUGAUGCCCUGUGAUAACGGAGAGUCUUACAGCGUUUCUCCAAACCAAAUCGUUCACUUACCCGGCCACGACUUGGCCUCUACCGGCAAGGAGGAGAAGAAGACAUUAGUUUUAGACCUCUCCACGAGGUUCGAGAAGACGGACCAAAAAAACGAGGUGGAAGCGAGCGACGAUAGUUCCUGUAAUAUUAGUGAGACGGACGAUAAACUGCAGACGGACGACGUGAAAAAGGAGACGUGGGACCCCGGGGAGGCGAAGCAAGCGAGCAAAGUGUCUUACUGUGGCAGUACAAGCGAUUUCUGUGAUUUAAAAACCGAUAGUAUAAGUGAAAGCCAGACUGUGUGGACGUCCUCGACAACAGUGAAAACUGAAUGUGCUGUGCCCCUUAGCUGUAGUAAUAGUUUAGUGAAAAUCCCCGAUUCCCUGCAACAGACUGUCCGAGCGAAAACCGUGACGUUACGUAAAGACAGUGACCCGUUCUCGAACCAGCUCGACCGAGUUUUUGACCGCGAGGAGAAGAAGCAGCAGAGACUGUCCACGAUACCGAUCGUGCCUCCCGAGCUCUCUAACGAGGAGAAGGACGUCAGGGAGUGCCCGUCGCGACAGAAUUCGUGGAGUUCGUAUGACUCGGCGGUAGUGUUGGGGUUCCCGAAUGAAACAGAACUGUCUCGCCAAAGUUCGUGGGGCUCCGGGGAUACGCGCACCUUACCCAGCAGGAACAGUUCGUGGGGCUCGUACGACACAAGACGCCGUGGUCCGGUUCACUACGUGAACGAGAAAGGCGAGAAAGUAUUACACAGCAACAGCGAGCUGUUUGAAAAUAGCUCGUCGGGGAUGUUCCCCUACGACAAGGAAGACAUCCCGUGGCAUCCGGGAACCGUUAAAAGGACGAAACAGAAGAUCGAGGAGAGCUCGUCCCGGAAGCCCAGCGGCGGCGAUAGUCUAGCGAGCAGUUGUAUUUCCUUAGCGAAAACUCCUAGUUCCGAAACGCUACUGUUUGAUUUCCUCGCGGAUAAGGAGGGAAACGUCGAAGAGGCUUUGAUUGAAUCGGCGUCCACGAAUAGCGAUAAUGUUGUUUCGAGUGCCAUAUCCGAGAAGAUAGACAUUCCCGGUGACGAUCACAAGCCGACUAAUCUGUCGAGACUGUCGAUUAGCGCGCCGGAAUCUUCCUCCAUCGAAUUAAUACCCCAGGAGUGCUCCCUGUCCCGAUCGGCAUCGAACGUGUCUUCGAUGGGAAAGCUACCGAAGGACGGUUCGAGUUCGGUGAUUUGUACGGCGCAGUGCUCGUCCGUCAAGCAGCACAGGACCUUGCUGGAGAAUCUGCACAACUUGGAGCACUCGCAGUACAUGACGAAGAAAUCUGAGGAUCUGUUUGACAGUUCGAACCACUCGGGGAAGGUUAUGAACUUGAAGAAGGAGUUCGAAGCCAAGUCCAGCAUAAACCUGGAGCAAGUGAACGCGAGUAACGCGGAAACGAGCGAUUCGUCGAAAACGGCUAAAACGAAAGUCAGCAGCCUGCCGUCGUCCCCUAUAAGCGUCCACCAGACCAAGGAGAAAAAGGAAGAGAAAGGCGACGACUUGAAUUUGAAGAAUUUAAUAGGCAUCUUCGAGACCAACAGAGAGGACGUCCAGGUUAACCUCAGACAGAAAUUCAACGCCUCCAACAAGCCUCUGGCGCAAAUCCGCAACGCCAGGUACUCUUGCAUCGAGGUGUCGGAGAAGCCCGUCCGGAUAACGCAGACGCCGUUGAUCUCCAAUCUCAACAGGAACGGUUCGGCCUUGGACAAGAACGAGGGCGAGUCCAAGAGGCCUCCCAUAUCGCCGAUCUCGAGGUACAAUUCGCCCAGUUCGGUGCUGUCGGCGACGGUCAUCGCCACGGCGGCCAGGAAGCAACAGCAGUACGGGAAGAGCCACCCGCUGUCCAAGUUGAACAUCAAGCCGAGACACAACAACCCCGUUUAUAACACUAUGUAAUGCUCAAAUUACAGAGAAGGCUGUGACUGCACUAUUUUCUUUUUUUUUUUACUACGCAGAUUAGAGUUUAAUGUUUGUUUAGGAUAAUCGAGCUUAUUUUGUAACAAUUUUUAGGUUCUUUUUUUUUGUAACAGUUUCGUUAUUGCAUAUCAUUGGUUUUUAUUUAUUCUUGUGUACGACUCCGUGGAUAUAUUGCUCGGUUUGAGCGCUCAUAUGUUUAAAAUCGAUUCAGAUGAAGGGAAUAUAAAUUGACGUUCGUGAUGUAUUGGGUAUGUUUUCCUGUUCGUUAACGGUAGAAUCAAUCGGGAAAAUCUCAAAGAGUUUAGACGUCGAAACGGUUUAACUCGCUUAUGGUACCGUCUAUAUUAAAGACACGUUACGUUAUAACAUUUUUUUUAACGGAAUUUGGGCAUUGCUUCUAAUAUUUUACUCUCUUGGUCUUUUACAAUGAAAGGGAUUUUUAUAUAUUUGUGUAGUUGUACAAUCGGCCAGAACUUGGGUAUGAGAACACUAGAUGGCGACACUUCCAAAAAUUGCCUCUUCCCAUCAAAAUUUUGACAGUCGUCAAAAUCGUUUUUUUUUAAAUAAAUUUGGUUUUUUCAUACAUUUGUUGCUCGGUUAAGAGCAAAUAUGCAACCAACAAUACAUUUUUAUAGAUUUUAUUACACAGUUCGUCUAAAUAUAAAUUAAUGCACAAACGACAUACUUUGCUCCGUUCAAACACAGAUUUUCUAUAAAAUGGAGUUAGUUUGAAACUCAAAUUACGUUUUAUUGUAAGGAAAUUUGUAAUUUGCCGCUUUUGAACAAGGAAAUUACAAAUUUCUUUACACCAAAGUGUAAUUUCUGUUUCAAACCAAGUCCAGUUUAUAGGAAAUCUGCUUUAGAAUGGAGGAAAGUUUGUCAUUUGUGCAUUAGUUCAUAUUUAGACAAACUGUGUAAUAAAAUCUAUAAAAAUGUAUUGCUGGUUGCCUAUCUGCUAUAGAACCCUCUUAUCCGAAUAAUCUGCUAAUUGCACAAACCUAGAAACGUUCUAGAUUUGUGAAUUCCAUCGUAAAAGAAACUGCUUCUGCCUCAAAAGUUAACAUUCCCUGCGGCGAGUUGUAAAAACUUAACGUUUGUCCUCACUACAACCAAGGAUGGCAGAUAUUUCUUGGUAGUGUCGCCAUCUAGGAUUUUCAUUCGUAAGUUUGGCACGUUUUACAGAUUUUCAAAUUAAAAAAAAAGCAUUUUAUCCCAAAUUGACAACUGACUGAACUUAAGAACGAGAACACUAGAUGGCGACGUUUUCAAAAAAUCCUAUAACUCGUAACGGUGGGAGAGUCGCCAUCUGGUAUUCAUUCUAAAGUUUAGCUGGUUGUUUAACUGUAAAUACUGGGUGUCUCCAAAAGACCGGACAGUUUUAAAUGAAAGCUGUAGGAUAUCAAGAAAUCAAUAUGCUGGUGACCUUGGAUUUAACCUUGCCCUUACGUUUCAAGGUCAAACCAAGGUCAACUUGAAAAUAUUACUGUUUUAUGCAAACAAUUGAUAAAGUGACAGAUUUUACAUCCGGAGACAGAAAAUAUUUUCCGUAUGUCCUUAUAGGCCAUUUGAAGGUCAAACUCAUUUUUCUCUGAAUAACCCGACAAGAUCGAAUUGUGAAGGAAAUAGUUUGAAGCAAAAUUUGCAGGAUUGAUAAAUUAGGUGGCGACUUUCGAUUUAACCUUCAUCACAAGUUUCAAGGUCAAGCUUAAUAUGAAAUACAGCAACCGGUACUGUGCUAAUUUUUGUGUUGCAAUCUGGGAAUAAGAAUUUUCCAUGUUCAAGGUCACCAUCUAAUUGUCAUUCAAAAUCCUACAAAUUUUGCUUGAAACCGAGAAAAAUUAGAGUUUGACCUUCAAAUGGCCGGCAAGGUCAUACUGGAAAAAUUUUCCCCAUAUUCAGAUGUGGAAUUUGGCCCUCUAUCGUUUAUUGAUAUAAAAGACAGGCCAGUCCUAUCAGUUUUAAAUAAAAGCUGUAGAAUAUCAAGAAAUCAAUAUGCUGGAGACCUUGGAUUUAACUUUGGCCUUAAGUGUCAAGGUCAACUUGAAAAUAUUAUUGUUUUACGCAAACAAUCGAUAUAGUGACAAAUUUUACAUCCAGUCAGAAAAUUUUUCCCGUAUGUCCUUACCAACAAUAUCCAACUGUGAAGAAAAAUGUUUCAAGCUAAAUUUGAAGGAUUGAUAAAUUAGAUAGCGACCUUCGAUUUCACCUUCAUCACAAGUUUCAAGGUCAAACUUAAUAUGAAAUACAGUAACCAGUACUGUGCUAAAUUUUAUGUUGCAAUUUCGGAAUAAAGAAUUUUCCAUGUGCAAGGUCAUCUAUCAUUCAAAAUCCUAUAAAUUUUGCUUGAAACUGAGAAAAAUUAGUUUGACCUUCGAAUGGCCUGCAAGGUCAUACUGGUAAAAUUUUCCCCAUAUUCAGAUGUAGAAUUUGGCCCUCUAUUGUUUAUUGGCAUAAAAGACAGGAUAGUCCUAUUAGUUUUAAAUAAAAGCUGUAAGAUAUCAAGAAAUCAACAUGGUGGUGACCUUGGAUUUAACCUUGGCCUUAAGUUUCAAGGUCAAACCAAGGUCAACUUGAAAAUACUAGUUUUAUGCAAACAAUCGAUACAGUGACAUAUUUUUACAUCCAGUCAGAAAAUUUUUCCCAUAUGUCCUUACCGGCUAUUUGAAGGUCAAACUCGGUUUUCUCUGAACAAUCCAACAAUAUUGAACUGUGAAAAAAAAUUUUUCAAGCAAAAUUUGGAGGAUUGGUAAAUUAGAUGGCGACCUUCGAUUUAACCUUCAUCACGAGUUUCAAGGUCAAACUUAAUAUGAAAUACAGCAACCGAUACUCUGCUAAAUUUUAGCAGAUCUAGGAAUAAAGAAUUUUCCAUGUCCAAGGUCACCAUCUCAUUGUCAUUAAAAUUCCUACAAAUUUUGCUUGAAACCGAGAAUAAUUAGUUUGACCUUCAAAUGGCCCACAAGGUCAUACUGAAAAAAUUUUCCCCAUAUUCAGAUGUGGAAUUUGGCCCCCUAUCGUUUACUGGGAUAAAAGGUGAUCUAUUUGAUAUUUUCAAGUCGACCUUGAAAUUUUGAGAAAUUAUCAAGGGUUCGGAUUUUUUGGGACACCCUGUAUAUAAAAUAAAUAGUAGGGUUGUCUAUGAAGGUGUAGGUGAAGGUGAAUCAAAUUCAUAACUAUAUAAGGACUUGUAAUUUUAAGUUUAAUUUAAAAAAAUUAAACUUCCAAAUUUGCGAUUUCUAUGACCAUGGUAUUUUUAUUUGGACAAUAAAUGUGUCAUUAAUAUAGACAGUGUCGCAAAAACUCAUCGUAACAAACUAAAACCUGGAUUAAUUGCGUUGAAGACAUCUAAAUCGUUUCGAGAUUUUCGCAUCGAUUUUAUUGUAUCGCGACUAAGUGUAUUGUAAAUAUUUCACAAAGGCUUUAAGCAGUUAUACUGAAGAAUAGUGCAAAAUAAAAUAUAAGUAAAAUGAAAAAAAAUUAAAGAAAAACUAAUGUAAGUGUUGCUUCCUGUAAAUACGCCUAUGUAUUUUUUGAACUUGUUAAACUUGUAAAUUUUUUAUUGGUCUUUACAAACUGCUUUUAACUUAUUGUGAUUUUCUCUAAACGGAUAUCAGAAGCAACAGUUAAUUUUCUCAACAUCUCUUACUGCCAAAAUGUUAAACUGUGGACCACUUUAACAAUAAGUAUAAAUCAUUGGGAAAAAAAACGAUGAGCAGGGGAGAUCGGUUUGCUUUUAUUUCACUCUAGUAAUUUUAUAACGUCUCCAAAAUUAGAAUUAUUUUAUUUUUCACGGCUAAAAAUAGUUAAUAAUUUCAGAAGUCAGUUUUUUCAUUCAAAAUUUUAAAGUCGUAAUCUGCAAAGUUACUAGAUGAAAACACUUGGUCCUUUACGUAAUUUUUCCGAAACUAAUAGACUUGGCUGUCGAGAAAUCUAGUCCUGUGUGUUGUUGCAGAAUGAGAAAAUACAGCCUGUGAGCUCAAAUUGAGUUGCUGUUGUUGAGGUUAGUUAAGAAUCGCACCGUGUCUGGGCGAUGUAUUUUUAAUGAUUAUGCCUGUCGAUCGGCGCAACUUGAAGGAAACCUAAGAAUUCCAAAAAUGGCUCGUAUACAGCGGAAGCGCAAAUUAACUUCAAAUGUUUAUUUACCGAGACAACCAGUCGGACUUAGGAUUGAACAUGCUAGAUGGUGCCACUUCCAAAAGAUCUCUAUCUCGUUGCUGGGAGAGCCACCAUCAAGUAUUUUCUUUUCUAAAUUUGAUCGGUAGGCCUUGUUGCACUCUUGCAGUUUUCUGAUUCCACCGAUUCGGAUAUUUGUUCCUUGAGCGCGUUUUUUGAUUUCCUAGGUUCGUACAGUAUUUCUGGCUGGUCGAAAUGUCUGAAAUUGUCACGUGAGCGCGUUUUAUGAGCUUGCAUGUAAAUUUUGGAUGUAUAUAUUUUUUUAUAAGAUCUUAAAGUGUCUAGAAUAGUACUUUAAGUUAAUAUACUGUCCUUAUUGCUUUUGUGUGUAAUUGUGUGAUAGUAAGUUUUUUUUUGUACUAUAGAUGUAAAAUAUGAUGUAUCGCUUACGAAAAUUGUUCUCAUACGCAAACAAAAUAAAAAGCGAUUGUUUAAUACGAA